ACAGCCGGCUUCGCGAGUAACACAGUUAUCUAUUAACAAAGACAUAAUGUCGCGGAUUUACGAAAUAGUAGAUCCGGCCUAUGCCGCCACGUGCAGUGACGUCACAUUGUGCUCAAACAACAAGGGAUUCUUCAAGAAGUUGGCCGAUGAACUGGUGUCUAUGGCAGAAGAGAACGAGUGGUUGGACAAGUUCGAAAAUACAGAAGACUGCGAUAAAGUUAGAGCAGUUUUCGAAAAUAAGACGUUAAUGGACGCCCUAAAUGAGGUGUUGUCAAGAAUUAAGCCACUCUUCCGUGGUAAAGAUGCGAGGGUCUCUCAGGAGAAGAGAUUAGCAGCAGUUGCUUGUAUGCAAGACGAAGACUUAACAAAAUGUCUGGCUCUAGCCAGCCAAGCAGUUUUACGGGCACCUAUGUCAGAGGCAGAAGAUCCACUCGACAACGGAGUUGCGUUGGCUCUCGCGCUGUGGGUGCGCUCCGAAGUGCUCCUCAAGUUAAACCGACCUAAAGCCGCUUUGGAGGACUUGAAACUAUCGCUGAAAGAGCGCCUCCCGGCCCGUAUGCGAGCGCAGUAUUACUGGCGAAUGGGCCAUUGUUAUAAAGGUGCAGGAGAACCAACUCGGGCGAAGGUGUCAUAUGAGUUGGCGGGAAGGUUGCUGGGAGGCGAUGAGAAGCUGAAACAGCAGCUUAAUAAUGAUAUCCAGUCUCUAGACUACACAGUGAAACCACCGGUUACAGUAGAGAAACCUAGUAUCAAAGUCACUGGAGGCGCUAAGCUAAACAUGCCUGCUUUGUCUAAGCUUGUUAAAAUCGCCGAGGAAGAACAAAAGGGUCGGUAUGUUGUCGCUAACGACCAAAUUAAAACUGGCGACGUGAUUCUAGUGGACAAACCUUACGCCGCCUGCUUGUUGUCUGAUUACUACGGAUCACAUUGCCUGCACUGUUUUAAGAGGUUGAGUGAUUUUGAAGACGAAGCGCCCGUCUGGUGUUCGAGAUGUUCGGCCGUAGCGUUCUGUAGCGUGCGGUGCAGAGACGAGGCUUUGUCCACCUACCAUUUGUUCGAGUGUCAGUUCCAAGACAUACUUAUCGGAUCGGGCAUGUCGAUACUCAGCCACGUCGCCCUAAGAAUGGUGACCCAGGCCGGCCUCGAAACCAGCCUACUGAUUCAUUCGAAGCACAUAAAGAGCGAUCUAAAAACAGUGGAGGGAUCGACGCUUAACGACAUCGAGGGAGUUGCGAAAAAAUCUAAAAUAAAAAGUAGGAAGGAAAGACUGAACCGUUCAAAGAGGGCUUUGAAAAGUUUCAAUGAGAAAGAAGCGACAGGUGAAUCGGAAACAAAGGUAGACAAUAAAAUGUCUUACCAUGAAAAAUUAGAGUUUACAGCCGCCCAAAUAUACUCAUUGUGUACCCACUCGCGCAGAAGAAAGGGUACGGAUUACUUGAAACGUGUCGUGAUGUCGAUAUUCCUCACCGAAUGUCUGAAAAGAGGCGGCUUCUUCAAAUAUUGUGUGAAUGAAAAUGUAAAUAAAGCGGAACAAUCAAUAUGCGAGCUCAUCACCCAGAACCUUCAGUUGCUGCAGUUCAACGCUCACGAGAUCUUCGAGACGGCGAGGGUUCGGCAGAAGAUCAGUUCGAAACCGGUGUUCGUGGCUGUGGGCAUCUACCCCACGGGUGCUCUGUUCAAUCAUGAGUGCUACCCAGCGGUCGCAAGAUAUUUUGACGGCAAGAACAUCAUACUGCGGGCUACAAGGCCGCUUACACCGGGCGAGGUGGUAUCAGAAAACUAUGGCCCUCACUUUCUAAUGCGUACUUUAAAAGAGAGACAGCGAUCACUGGCCUGCAGAUAUUGGUUCCAGUGUGACUGUAUCGCUUGUAGGGAGGACUGGCAAUGUUUGAAACAAAUGAACAGCGAUACGACAUUUUUAAAAUGUCCAAGCAGCGAGUGUAAGAGCAAAUUCAGAGCCUUUUCGAACUGUAUCCCGAACGAGUGCCCCAAAUGCUCGGCGCCCAUUGAUAAAUAUUAUGUGAAGGAAUGCUUAGAAAACGUGAAGAAAUGCUGCGAAAAAUAUCAGGAAUGUGCGAAGUUGAUCGAGCAGGACCGUGUGGAGGAGGCUGUAAGCAAGUUGGCUGAAGUUCUAGACACAUUCCACGAACACGCUCGUCCGCCGCAUAGAGAAACCCAUAUUGCUCAGGAGUCCUUACGCAACUGUUACGCCGCAGCUGGUAAUGUCUACACGUGGAAGGAGAAUCAGUAAAAUUCAUACCUCCAGGCUCCAAUGGCGUCCGAUGGUGUGAUGAGUAUGUUGGCAGUAAAUGACCAAUGUUAAUG